CAACAAUAAUAAUGGGAAGCAAUAUUAUACUGCAAAAGUAAAAUUUCAACGUGAAUGUAAUCGCUUCAACACCUCUCUCUAUUUAAAUUAAUUUGCUUAGUUUUGUUUUUUGUUUUUUCCUUUUUUGCAGCAAUCAAGUUUACAAAGCGAUAUCGAAGGUCUAAACUCCCGCUUGGAAGAAGAAACUACACGCACAGCAAAUCUUCAAGGCGAGAUAACCGUGGCGAAAUGUAAACUUCAAGAAGAUAUGUUUAGAACAAGAAGCACGCUGUUAAUUGACAUCAUCUCCAUGCAACUUUUUUACGCGCUCAAAGAUAUUUCUCUCGAUGAUGCUGUAAUCCUCCCUGAAAGCGAACUUAAGCAAAAAGAUGGUUUUACUCAAUGGACUGUAACUAAAAGCAAGCUUCUGGAAAACACCGAUCUUCUUUUGGAAUUGUUCCAAAGCUAUCUAAAUGUGCUGAAUUCCAAAGGAGAAAAAUUGUUGGACAAUUGCGGGAGUCUUAGAAGUUUGAUUGGAGCAGAAGAGUUAUUGGACGAGAGAACACUGCUGCGCGACACGGAAGACGUAACGUUGUACUUGACAAAUAAAACGGACGAUGACAAGGUGGUUGCGUCGUCACGCUGUAACGAAAACCUACUGGAGUCACACAACAAGGAACUUACUGAGGAAAAAGUUCCUGAGGACGAGGAGCAUUCCUGUUUAAGGGACAAACUAGUUUCACUCAAACGCUGUGUCGAAGGCGAUGCUUUGAGUUUCCUCAAGAAAGCAUUUAAACUUGAUCUAGAAAACGAAGGAAAAACCACAGACUCCAGGCAAGAUAUCUACAAAAGAAUACAGGAAUUUAUGGACCAAACGAAUUCUGUUCUGGAUUCUCAGAAAAGUCAAGAACUGUCACACGUAGCUGACGCACUCACCCUUCUCGACCACUGCCACAGUCACGUGAUCAUAGAUAAGGCACUGCAGAGCGCACUGUUGGUUUUGGAAAACAACAACAUUACCCGGCGUUGCCAUGACAUCCAAAAACAGAAAAAUGUCUUGGAGGACGAGAACGAAACGCUGCGAAAACAAAUUCAGAGUUUACAGCAGGAGGCUGAAAAGUUAAACGGGAAACUUAACGAGACCUCCACCACACUGUGUGUUGUGAAGAAAAGCAAAGAACAGCUAGAAGAUGAUCUAUCGUCCGUGUUUCAACUUCACAACAUGAGAAAUAGUGAAAAAAAUGUUGAGAAAGAGGGUGGCGGGCUUGACAACAGCACAUUUGAAGGAAAACUGCAGGCGGAUAUUGCAACGUUGGUGGAAAACAACGCUAAAUUGCAAGAGACAUUGGAAGCGACAGAACAAUACAAGGAAAACUUGAAAUCUGAGCUAACGUCUGUUAAGCGAGAACUACAGAGAAAAAAAGAAGCAAAUUUACGAUUCGAACAGCAUACCAAAAGUACACAAACAGAAAAGAUAGAGCGAGAUGAAUCCGCGACUCCGUCUCUUGGUGAUCAUGCAGUAAAAUCUCAAGACCGUGCAAUCCUUCAGGGGAUUUUGACCUCUUUGCACGGUGAUUCUUCCUCUUCUCUGGAGAAAGCUGCCUUUGCAGCGCAAACAAACGAUCUGGACGACAUCUCUUCCUUGAGAGCGGUCAUCAACCAGCGUCUUGGAGAGGAGUGGUCUCUUGUAAUCCUUGAAAACGCCAAAAUGAAGUCAGAACUGGACAACAUUCGAGGAAGGAUAAACGAAGAAAAGCGAAGCUUUGAAAGCGAGUUGACAAAGUCGAAGCUCAAAGAGGAGAAAGGAGGGGAAGCCAUGUUUCAAGAGGAGGAAGUGCCAAAUCACGCGAGAGAUCAGAAAGUCUUGGAAAUAAUGAUUUAUGAUCAAAACAAAGUCAUCGCUAAGCUAGAGAUGGAUAAACUGGAGCUGGUGAAGGGAUUACAGCGAUACAAAACGCCACCUAACCAACCUCAAGUUGAUGUAGAUGUUAGGUUGGAGCAAACAUGCGAGCUGCAACAAGAAGAUUUACCAACCAAAGACGAUUUGGAAACAAUUGUCAGAGAAAAGUUGCAUGAACUAUCUAAAGUUCACCAAGAAAACGAAAGCUUAAAGAGUGAAUUGGAUUCGUUGAGAAGCAAGUACAAUUCUCUUGAGAAAGAAAACAGAAACUCCAACAGGUCAGGAGAGAUGCUUGAGCAAAGGUUGGAAAACUCUCUCAGUGAGAUGGAAACGAAUCUUUCGACAAGUGUUACGCCACAAAUGAAUGAAAAGUGUACUGAAUUAGAGGAUAAAUUAGCCGUUUCUACCAAGGAAAACAAUGAAUUUAAAGAAAAGCUAACAGAAUUGGAACAGAAGCUAUGCACAAUUCAGCAGGACAGAGAUGCGAUUAAAGAACGGAACAUUGCUUUGGAAAAAAGUAUGCGCGAACAGCAAGACAACAUUGAGAGCGCGCUGGCUUUGGAGAGAGAACAAAAGACGACUUUCGAACAACAAUUGCAAGCGAAAACGCGAGAGUGUGAGGAAGGAAAAACUUUGCUGAAGCUUAAAGAAAACUGUUUGAGUAAAGUGGAGGCGGCGCUGGCAGAAACCAAGGAAAGUUAUGAAAAGCUGAUGCAGGAACGUUUUAACGAAUACGAAUUAGAAAAAGACAACAUGAUAAAAGAGAUCAAUGGUUUGAGAUGUUUACAAGGGUUACCAACUCUGAAACUUGCUUCAAAUAGAGAAAGUGUAACGGCAAGGCAAGAAGAGAAGGGUGGCUUGGUAAGUGCAGAAAAACGCACACAAAACAGGAAAAACAAUAAACUUAACUCGGAGUUAACGCGCGCAAAAGAGCAGCUUGUACGGCUUAAAGCAGAGCUGACCAUGUCAAACAUGCAAACACGAAAUCUUGGGACGCAGCUCUCGUCACUGCGCGAAGAUAGCACGAAGCUGGAGGCCGAACUGUCGACGGUGCGAGGUUUUCCGAAGAAUUCCGGACAACGAAGAAAUUCGUUCAGCUGUUACGACGAAACUGUCCGACUGGAGAUCGAGUUGGCAGAAGCAAAGGAAAAGAUAAUCGACUUGCAGGAGAAAUUGUUGAGCAUUUAUAAAGAGAAGUUUGCUCUUGAGGAAAAAAUAAUGAGCUUAGAGGGACAAAGAAACAUGGAUGCACAGAAUAGUGAAAAGCUUUGUUCGACAAACCCUGACCGCGAACUAGAUUCUGAUUUGGAACAAACGAAAGAGCUGGAAUUAAAGAUCGAUUUAUUGGAGGCUGAGAGAGCACAGCUUAAAAAAGAUCUCGAAAACACGAACGCUGAUAGAAGUCGAUUGGAAGGAAUCGAACUCUGUGUACAACAGUUAGUCUCGCUUGAAGAUGAACAGCUAAGAUUGAAGAGUAGAUUGAAAAAAUGGGCUCAAAAUGCGUCCGAUGAACAAUGCAUGAACGAGGCAAUAAGCACAAAUAAAAUAGUGGAGAACAGUUAUUUAAACGAGCUUAGAGAGUUGUCGGCAGAAAAUUGCUCCCUUCAAGUCGAAGCAAACGCUUUGAAGGAGACGAUUGCCGAACUGGAAGGUGAUUUAGCGGCUUUAAAAUUAAAGGUAUCUAUAAAAGAUACAACGCAAGAGGCAACGGCAGACAAGAAAGCGGUCGCUACUCUUCUUGUUGCAGUAAAACAGGAAAAGGCCGAGCUACAAGAGGCUUUGAAUGACGUGCUAAUCGGAAAAGAAGAUUUGGAGGAACAGCUGUCGGAAAUUAAGUUGAAAUACACAAGAUUACAGCGAGAAUUUGCCAUGAUAAGCAUUAUUAAGGACGAUUUAGAGCUUGAGGUUCUCUCUCUGAAAAGGGCGAAUUUAACACGAGGACUGUCCAAUCUUACACAAAGUAGCGAAGAAUGCAGAAGUGAAAUGUCGGAUUGCUGCGCCGAUGACCUGAUGGUUUUGGACGUCAACGGAAUUGAUAUUUCGACGGGGAAAAAGAUUGUAUCGCCAGGGGGCGGAAAAAAGAAGGCCAAUGGAGUGAGCGAUCGAAAAACAGCAGUUACCUCAAGAAACCAUAGAGAGAGCCAGUCGGCUUCAUCGAGUGGAACUACGAAAUCGUCUUCAAAGCCAAAAGCGAACGAAAAGAAAACGCCACUACAAGGAAGAAACAGUGGGCAAAGAUUACAAUCAACGCCAAAGAAAGUAUCUGGACGACGAUCUCUUCCGUCCAGUCCCAGCAGAGAGGCACUGGGCGCCAACAAGGCCAGGUAUAUCACAGGUGACGACCAAUCACCGACCGACAAUCCACAACACCCUGCAAUAUCAUACGACCUAAUAAGGAUCGAUGACGUAAGUGACGAGGCACUGCAUGCAGACAGUGACUGCAAUAAUAGCGGGCUCUUGCGACAAACUCCCACGGGGGAGAGAGAAAACCCCGAGGGUAUGGAACAUGACGCCACCAGUGCAUGCUUUGAUAAGGAUGAUAAACCUGCACAUGUUGAUACAGAGGACAACACUGAGAGUUUAGUGGACGACUCUGUUGAAUUUGACGAUCAUUGGAGCUCAAAUGGGGGUAUUUCCGAGACAGAUUCUUCCCUUACUCAACCGGCAGAAGUGCUUGUCAAGACCACUUGGUCUCUUAAAAACAUUUUCAGGCGACAAAGGUCGCUACCUCCUCCUGAUCAUAAACUUGGAGCUCUUAAACAGUAGUUGGCGGGAGAGAAAAACCAAUUAUCAGCCUGGAGUUGACAAAGGCAAAUUGCUUUCCAAUAAUGAGUUUAUAAGUAGGGAGAUCACAGUACGUAUAAAUACUAAAAAAUUCAAAAGAUUUCACAGAAAUCAAGGGAAAAACCCGAGGAUUACACAAAAUCGUUUUUGCAGUUUAAAUCCGUAUAGAAUAUAACGUAAAACCUAAAUGUAAUCGUUAAUAAUCACAAGCAUCACUAGAAAAUAAAUAAGUACAUGAGACAUGUAAGCAAAGGUUUCAUUACGAUUUUGAGCUAAAAGGCAAUCAGUCAAUUUUUGUUUUUUUGAGCACAACGUUUUUAAAUAUAAAAAAACCCAGGCGGAAAAAAUCGUUCUCAAAGACGGUCAAUUUCCUCAAUGCCUUGCAUGCCCUUAGUGUAACCUCUGCUUUGAUGUUGCACCUUGAUUCACCCCGUUUUCGUAAAUAAUUAAGUUUUAAAGCCCUGAAAGGUUUUGAAACAACAAGAGGUUGUUUUAAUUCAUACCUGGUAAUUGUACAGUAUUUUUUCUGAUGUUAAGUGUUUGUAAAUUAGCAAGAUCAAUAAAGAACAAGAAUUAAGUCUGUUGUUUCCACAAAAUAAUAUGGGAACACUCAUUGUCUUAUGCGCUAAUUCGACACAACCCGUUUUGAUUCGACAUCGUUUUGUUAAAACAUUGGAACAGUUUACAACCCUAA